AUGUCUUACCAAGGCAGCGUGAACAUCCUGAUGGGCCCAGACCCAAGGGCGACGGAACACGCAUACCAGACGAUGCUGAAGCAACAAGAGCAGCAGAAACGCAAACAGCAGCAGAAGGAGGAAGAGGCCAAGCUAAGAGCCAAGGUCAAAGCCAUGGCUGCAGCGGAUGACGCAUCGUCCUUCUCGAGCGUCUCGACUAUCGUCAGUCUGAGAUCGGCGUUGCGUAGGGGGUUCGGUGGUGCUGCUGCUAAGGUUGAGGGAGCAGCCAGGAGGACGUGA